CGCUGCCGUGACGUCAUUAUCAAACGAGAAAUCAGCCCCAGCUCUUUUCUCCUGGCCGUUUUCUGGGACAUUUAUAAAAGAUAAAGUAACAAACGCGGCGUAAGAAAAUUUCGUGUUUUUCGUAGAAAAUUAAAGCAAGAACACCAUGUGGACGCGUGUUGCAGCACUCCAGUAUUAACCUGCAUGGCCGUGAGACUGCGAAGACGGCGAAAACAACUUUAAUGUGCCAGAUCGCGCGCGGGAACACGGGACUGCGGACACCGCCAGCUUGCGCUCGCACACCGCGCCGCGCCGCCUUCACCGGGCCAGCCUCCAUCUUGGGACUGCGGGGAGGAUCGCUUCGCAGCGAGAAGGUUACACCAGACUCCGGCGAGCGGAAAUACGCCGUCUCAGCGGAGCGCUGCUUACUACAAAGCGCCAGCCGCGCUGUGUGUUUACUACAGUCCACCUGUGGCGCCGUGAGCGGGCAGGCCUCCAUCUUGGCACCGCGGGAAGGCGCGCGGAGGGACCGGGAGGGUUUACCACAGCCGCGCCGGGAAGUUUUACUGCGGUUAAACACUGCGCCAAACUGGACGGUUCAGCCGCAGAGUACGCAGAGAGAACGGACGGUCUUACGGCAGAGUACGCAGAGAGAACGGACUGCCUUACCGCAGAGCACUAAGCUAAACUGCAGAGGUUCAUCGCGAAGUGCGGAGCGAACCUGUUCACUCCGGAACGGCUCGGGGAACUGGACAGUCCGGAACGGCUCUGGAAUCUGGACAGUUCAUAACGACACGGGAAUCUGGACAGUUCAUAACGGCUCGGUUUCACCACGGCUGCUCAGCACUGGCUUCCCGAUGGGCGCGGGAGCCUCCUACAGACCAAGGACGAUUUACCUGGACGUCAACGGCACCACGCAGAAGGUCGUGUUCAGUAGAUACUGCACUUCUAACGAUGUCAAGGAGCUCAUUGCUGCCGCCGCCGCUGUCAAUAGGACUGCGGGUGUCAGGUUACUUGAUAGAGACGGAUCCAUUGUGUCCAUCGACCCUGCAAUGCCCUCUAACACUGAAAGUAAUCCCUACAAAGUUAUACUCGAGGAGGCGAGAAAGACUGCGGCGGAAUCAGAGAUGAUCGAAUCGGUGCUGACGCACAUCUCCGAACAGUUCACAAAAUGCUUCCAGAUAAACGACCUGAAGGCUGACCUCACGAAGAGGGUAGCCAUGCUGGAGAAAAGAGUAGAAAUGGAAGGUCUGAAAGUUUGUGAAAUCGAGAAAUGUAAAAAAGACAUCACCCAACUACAAGAUGUCGUCAUGACAACAACCAACAAAAAUAACCCGCGGGCCAAGAGAGAAUUUUCACUUCACGAAAAGCUACACCGUGGCACGAAAUACACGUUAUCUCAGGAAACCGUGGAGUACCUGAAAAACCCUUCCUUUAACAACUGGCACUGGGAGCCCAACGAGAUACCAGAUCAACGCGCGCACAGAACUUGCGGUACGGUACAAUGAUAUCUCGCCGCUGGAGAAUCAUCACUGUGCCGUGGCCUUUAAGAUUCUGAGCAACCCUGACUGCAACAUCUUCGCCAACGUCGACAAGGAGACCUGGAAGCAGAUUCGGCAGGGGAUCAUCACCCUGAUCCUGGCGACAGACAUGGCGAGGCACGGGGAGAUUCUGGAGUCCUUUAAGCAGAAAGUCGACAAUUUUGACUACACGAACGAGGAGCACGUGGCUGCCUUGAAGAUGAUUCUCAUCAAGUGUUGCGACAUCUCAAACGAAGUCCGACCCAUGGAUGUGUCUGAACCCUGGGUCGACUGCCUGCUAGAAGAAUAUUUCAUGCAGAGCGACAGGGAAAAGGCGGAAGGUCUUCCCGUGGCGCCGUUUAUGGACAGGGACAAGGUUACCAAGGCAACGGCUCAAAUAGGCUUCAUCAAAUUUGUUCUCAUCCCGAUGUUUGAAACUGUUGCUAAGUUGUUCCCGUGUGUAGAGGACGCCAUGUUGAAGCCGCUGUUCCCGUCUAUAGAAGACUGCAUGGUCAAGCCGCUGAGGGACGCUCGGGAUUACUACGAAGAACUCAAACAAAUGGACGACGCCAUGGCGGAGAGAAAAAAGGCCGAGGCGCUAGCGCUAAAAAAGCGGCCUUAACACUGUGUGUGAGACCUCAACACUAAGUCAACUACACCUCUCUCAUAUCAACAGUACUUCAACUAGAUCUCUCCACUAUAUCAACUAGAUCUCUGUAAUAUCUAGACUCAACCUCGCCUAGAACACUUCAAUAUCUCGACCAGAUCUCUCCGAUAUCUCAACUAGAACUCACUAAAGUCUCAGCUAGAUCUCUUCUAUAUAUUCACACUGUUAAGGGAUAGACUCCGCGGGAAUAGCCUACAGUGCCCUACAACUGAAGACAGCGGCGUAGUCACGCAGACCAGACCACAGAAGGACAUCGCCACAGAAGCCCCUCACCUCCAUGGUUAGAUAGGACCGAGCCCAUGUACAGAAUAAGCCUCUGUCUUGUGUAGAGCGUAAUGAUGAUGUAAGCCUGUGAUUUUCUGUGUUGUUCGGAUUUCUACAGCCGAGUUUAGUUUCGGUACCUUCUGUACAGAGCGUCGCCUGUCUGCCCGAGACAGAAGUAGGUAGGCUCAACUCUCGGUAGGAGGAAAAUGACUACCCUCCAAGGAAAGGUUCGGAUCAGGUUUCGUUUGGAAUCUAAACUCGGCCGGAGCCUAACCUCUGCUUGGAGAGUAGGAAAGGACGUUCUAUCGGCGUCUUGUGGAAAAGUAGUGACCAGUUUUGAUGUUGUUGUUGACAAUUUCCCGACGGGAAAGCCGAUUUACUCACUCCGAGUUUGUAAGACGUACUGGAGGCUACGGGUGCAGGGUGACGUGUACUGGUGACGUGUACUGGUGACGUGUACUGGUGACGUGUACUGGUGACGUGUACUGGUACAGGGUACUGGUGACGUGUACUGGUGACGUGUACUGGUGACGUGUACUAGUGACGUGUACUGGUGACGUGUACUGGCGACGUGUACUGGUGACGUGUACUGGUGACGUGUACUGAUGACGUAUACUGGUGACGUGUACAUGAAUAUGACGCGUUCUGAAACAUGACGUGUACAGGAACAUGACGUGUUCAGGAACAUGACGUGUACAGGAACAUGACGUGUACCGUACAGAGUAGGUAGUCAUAAACACAGCACACAAGUACAGCAACACACGACAGUACAGAAUAUACCUGUACAGCAACACACGACAGUACAGAAUAUACCUGUACAGCAAAAGCACAUAGCACAUGCACACCUGUAGGAACAGGUAACAGCACAUGCACACCUGUAAAAGAACAAGUCACA